UAUUACUGAAUUUCAAUUUCAAACGGUUUUCGAAUUGGUUGUUUUCGUUGUUUUAGAGCGUUUUUCAAAUGUACAAAACUCGAUAAAAGUGAAGACUUUUUCUAAUAAUUAUGCUUAAUUUUAAUGAAUUUCUUUCGAAAGUCAUUGCAAUAACAAAUUGUUAUACAAAUACUAAGAAAGAUGACUUCAAGGCGAUGUUUCAGUCUUUUGAUAAGUUGGAGGGAGAGUUACAAAAUAACCAGGCACAAGCCCGGGAGAAAGUUCAAAAGGACAAGAAUGCUGUAACAACCCUUCAGAGUAUACACGAGGACGACACUGAAUCACCUAAGUCACAAGAGGACCAAUGUAAACAAUCAGGUGACGAUGAGAGGACGUCAAGUGAGAGUGGUGAGCGUAGAAGAUCCCAGAAGCGCAGCAAACAUGAGGUGGAAGGGUUAGAAAGUCCUGAGCAAGAGAAACGGCAGAAGAGAAAUGCUAGUGUUAAAGCACAGAGCAUUAUUAGUAAACAGGUGAAUAUGAACUUAACGCAAAAACUCCGUCGCGAUAUGUCUUUGGAGAAGGGCAGACAACGCCGCGGAAAAGAAGAUGAUAAGGAGAAUUUGGUGCCCCCACCUAUUGUGAAAGUAAAACAGGAGAAGAUAUCUCUCCCGCCGGAGCCUGAGCCCGAGGCAAUGGAAGUGCUGGCGUCAGAGACGCCGGUGAUCGCUAAAAUUCCUAUCAAAAAGGAACCCAGCGAGGACGAUAUAGCCAUGCCGCCGCCUGCCGCGCCCAAACCCAAGUCUCGCAAGGUACAAAAGGAGAAAUCUGAGGAAUCUGAUGAUGACGCCUCUAGCUCCUCCACCUCGAGCCGCACGUCUCAGCGCAGCCGACGGACGCGCAAGCAGACGGACACUGUGCCCGCGCAGACUGCGGCAUCAAGUCGAGCGACGCGGGCGAGCUCUCGCUCGACGAAGACGGACAGUGAGGACCCGCUGCUGCCAGAGAUAAAGCCCAAACGAACCAGAGCUAAAAAGGCGGCUGAAGAAACAAAUAUUGACGCAGAGAAAGAAACCUCAGCGCCAGUAGAAAAUGAAACAGUAGCGUCGAGCAGAGCGCGGCGGGCGAGCCCGCUUACAAACAAACAGACGGACAUUGAGGAUCUGCCGGCACCAGAGACUAGACCCAAACGGACCAGGGCUAAAAAGGCGGCAGAGGCGACAAAUACUGACACGGAGAAAGACACUCAAGCGCCGCCGGUAGAAAAUGGAACUGCUUCGCCAGCUGAGAAACCGAGACCAAAACGCACUAGAAGGGCACAGAAAGCUGCGGAUAAAGAAGCUGAAAAAUUAUCAGAAGUACAUCAAACUGAAUCUGAACCAGAGGAAAGAGAAUCAAAGCCAGUCAUACAGUCGCCUGUGUUACAAAUGAACUCCAAACAAAACAAGACUAAGCUACAGGAAACCAAACAGAACAGCCAAGAGAAAGAAACUACUAAUAAUAUUCCAAAUAAAAAUAUGACCAAAACUGUAAACAAUUGUGACACAAUAGAUACUAAAAAAAUACAAACCAAAAAUGUAAGUAAAAAACAUGAAGAUACACAAACUAAAAAUAAAAAAUAUAUAAAUGAAGAGGAUAAGAUUGAAGUGAAUAAUAAAAAGAUAAAAAACAAAAAUGAUCAAGAAAUCAAAGAUUUGAAUACCAAAAAUAAAAUAAACUCGAAUUUGAAAGAAAUAAACUCGAAUUUACAAGAAAUGAACUCAAAUUUGAAGCAAAUAAACUCGAAUUUGCGGGAAACGGUGAGUGAAGAUGUGACUGAUAAUAUAGAGUUUGAUAAAACUAGGGUUCUGAGUCUAAUGGAUGCGACUGUGACUAUAUCGAAGGAUUUGGAUCAAACUAUGGUUUUGACUAAUGGGGUUUAUAAUCAUGCCCCGGUCACACCUACAGCUGUGCAAGCACUGAAUGAGACAGUGGUGCUAGACAAGCCGCAGCAAAUGAAUGCAACUGUUGUACUAGAAAAAGAAGAUGUAAAGGCGCCAAAUAUAACGGAUGACAAUUCGCUUCUAACGGACGACAGUGAUGCAGUGAUAGAGACGCCACCAAAGAAACCACCAGCCGUGCAACCCACGUCUGCCGUGAAGGAGAAAGUACAACAGUUUGAAGAGAUGGCUGCCAGAGUCACGAGGACUAAGACGCGAGCCAUGGCAAAAAAGGAGGAGGUACCGGCACAGCAGACUCCCCCGGACAAGGUGUCCGCAGCAGUGCUCUCCAGCGAGACCCUGGCCAAGAUGAACUCCAUGAUAUUCAAUGGCAAAGCGCCAGUGGUAUCGAAGUCGGUGUCGAAGCCUCGCGCAAUGACGCCGUCCACCAAAUCUUCACAAGUUUCUGCUUCCGCGUCCAAACUGAGUGGCAUCAACAAGGCGCGCGAGGCGGACGAGAUGCGGCGCGAGCGAGAAGACGCACGCAAGAAGAAGGAAGCGCUGCUCGAGGCCAAGCGCGAGGCGCAGCGCAAAAAACGCGAAGACAAAAUGGCGGCUGCGGCGGCGGCGCGAGAGGCGGCUGAGAGAGAAAGGCGCGCGGCAAUGGAAGCGGCGAUGCGGGAGCGCAUGGAGAAGCAGGCGCACGCUGACUUGGGCAAGCUGGAGAGGCUCAAGGAGGUCGAGAGGAAAAAGCAAGAGACAGCUCGCAAAGUGGCGGAAACAGAAGAGAGGAGGAAGGCGGAGGAGCAAGCGAGACAGCAGAGGCUGGCGGACGAGCUCAAGAGGGCGGAAGAGGCUCGCCAGAAGCAGGUCGAAGAGAAUGCCACGAUGAAAAAAGAAGCGGAAAUAAUGCAGAAAGAGAUCGAGAGGAGACAGAGAGAGUUUAUAGAGCGGCAAAAAAUGAAACAGAGAAUAGAGGGAGAUAGGAUGCUGACGGCGCAGGCUAUGGAGCCGGCAUACAUGCAGGACGGUUUCCAGUACCUCAACUCUGACGAGGACGAAGACGAGAACGCUCCUGACGUACCCUCGCCCGCCUGGUCCGUCUCUAAGGCGCGUCGACUACAGCUGUGCAUACAAUCGCGUAUCUCCACCGCGCACGUGGACAAACUGUUCUCAGUGCGCGAGCACACUCCCGACCUGCGCGACAUCUUCCCCAACAUCGAGCGCGCGCGCCUCAAGCGGACGUCGUCGGCCGUGUGGCGCACGCCGCCCUCGCGCCUGCCCGUGCUCCGGGAGUGAACACCAGUGCACUGGCAAAGGGACAACUGAACUCAAGUCGCGGGCGGCGAACUGUAAAUACUGUUAUGUUAGUAUAAUUAGUACUUGUAUUAAUAUCAUGAAGUACACCUUGGCGUCUAAUAAACGUUUUGCUAGCGAUUUUA